CCCACUCUGCAAAUUAAUCCCUCUACUCUGAACCUCCAGGAAGGUUAAAGAUGAGGAUAUCCUGGAUGCUCUUCCCUCUUUUGCUUCACCUUCUUCUCCUCUCAGUUGUGUUUAGCCUAGCAUCAGCAACCUAUUAUGCGCCUGUGGGAAGGAUCCCUGAGCAUACCUGUCAGAAGAUCAUCCACUCAAAGAGAUGUGAUACCUGGAAAUGCACCCAAGAGUGUUCUAAAAAACCUGCUGGAGUGGGACAAUGCAGAGGCUUCAUUUGCUUCUGCACAUAUUACUGUAAGGACCCCCCAAAGUGAUGCCUUUUCCUUCUCCCAUGUCGCUUUGAAUUUUGUACAUUAAGGUUUAAGGUUUUAUUGUUAGAAGAGAAGAUAAACCAGGUGAAAAAUUGCUUAAUUUAAUCCCUUUUUUUUUUAUUUUUUUAUUUUUUGUUUUUUUGCCCUCUGUUCUGAUCAUUCAAUAUUAUGUAGCAAAGCCAUCAGAUUAAACAUUCCAGUCUCAA